AUUCGCAGAUUUUCUUCUUUUCUUUGGAUUACUUUUCAAGGAUUAUAAAGCAACUUAUUUCUCGGAGACAACACGAUGUCUGAACGCGAAAAUAAUUUUUACAAGGCUAAAUGGGCUGAACAAGCCUAACGCUAUGAUGAAAUGGUUGAGGCCAUGAAGAAAGUCGCAUCCAUGGAUGUUGAACUUACGGUUGAAGAGAGAAACCUUCUAUCAGUCGCAUAUAAAAAUGUGAUUGGAGCUCGUCGUGCCUCAUGGCGAAUAAUCACUUCAAUCGAACAGAAGGAAGAAAACAAAGGAGCCGAAGAGAAGCUUGAAAUGAUCAAAACUUAUUGCGGUCAAGUGGAACAAGAAUUGCACGAUAUUUGUUCCGAUAUUCUAAAUGUAUUGGAAAAACAUCUCAUGCCAUGUGCCACAUGUGGCGAGAGUAAAGUAUUUUAUUAUAAAAUGAAGUGUGAUCAUCAUCGUUAUUUGGCUGAAUUCGCUACCGGAUCGGAUAGUAAGGAUGCCGCUGAGAACUCACUGAUCGCCUAUAAGACUGCCAGCGAUAUCGCCAUGAACGAUCUUCCUCCAACACAUCCAAUUCGUUUUUUAUUCAUCUAG